AUGACGGCGCUCACUUCGAUUUCUAUUGUAAUUUUUGGAAGAGGCUGUGUCAGAAGAGAAAACAUUAAAAUUUUCUUUCUUUCUUUCUUUCUUUCUUUCUUUCUUUCUUUCUUUCUUUCUUUCUUUCUUUCUUUUAUAAUUAUUAUUCUUCUUCUUUAUCACUUGUACGCCUUUCUUUCUUUCUUUCUUUCUUUCUUUCUUUCUUUCUUCCGCUCUGUCUUGCUUUCGUACUUUCUCUUUUUCUUUCUUUAUUUCUUCCUUUCUUUAAUUCAUUCUUUCUUUCUUUUCAUUAUAACAAUCAUUCUGUCCAAAAGUCUUUGUCUUCUGCAUCACUUGAAUACCUUUCUUUCUUUCUUUCUUUCUUUCUUUCUUUCUUUCUUUCUUUCUUUCUUUCGCCAAAAUAAAGAAAUGCCAAAAGAGCACGUUAGUUUUCGUAUUUCUUCUUCUUCUUCUUCUUCUUUUUCUUCUUCUUCUCAAAAUACUUUUACUAAUUCUUCAAAUCUUUCUUAUUCUUUUUCUAAUUUUUCUUCUUCUUCAACCUCGUGUCAAAUUCUUCUUUUCAUUCUCCAAAUUCUUCAUAUUUUUCUUCUUCUUCUUCAAAUUCUUCAAAUUUUUCUUCUUCAAAUUCUUCAAGUUUUUUCAAAUUCUUCUUCUUCUUCUUCUUCCCAAGUACUUUUACUAAUUCUUAUUCUUUUUCUAAUUUUUCUUCUUCUUCAACCUCGUGUCAAAUUCUUUUUCUCAUUCUCCAAAUUAUUCUUCAAAUUUUUCUUCUUCAAAUUUUUCUUCUUCAAAUUCUUCAAUUUCUUCUUCUUCAAAUUCUUCAUCGUCUUCUUCUUCAUCUUCAUCUUCUUCUUCUUCUUCUUCUUCUUCUUCUUCUUCAUCUUCUUCUUCUUCUUCUUCUUCUUCUUCUUCUUCUUCUUCUUCUUCUUCUUCUUCUUCUUCUUCUUCUUCUUCUUCUUCUAUUCACCUGUCUUGAUUAUACUCAUAGUUUUUAUUUUCCCUCUUUUUACUUCCUCUUCUUUAACCUUUUCCACCCCGCAAAGAAAAGAAAGGAAAGAAAAAGUGAUGUCGACGGAAAAAUCUUGUUGUCUAUUUCAUUCUUUCAAUACCAUUUAUCUCCUCAAGUUUUUUACUUUCUUCGGGCCUUGCUACUCCCAUUUGUACCGAUUACUCCGUUUAUGCUCUUUAUAUCCUCCAGAGUCACUAACCACCACCGCAACUCCCAAGAAAAUCUUUUCAACAUCGGUACCAAACCACAGACUUUUCCUUCCAGCCUACACACCCAGCAGAAUAUAUUCUGUCUUCAUGCACCCCUCUCUUCGACUUGUCCGACCGCCUGCAACCCGACCCCUACGCCACAACAUCUCCAGCCAAAGGAAAAUGACGGAGGCUAAGGGGUGGGGAACCCACGGCCAUCAAUGA